AUGUUCAAGCGCUCUUUCCGAUCGACCGACCGCGUGGACAAGGUUGUCAAGUUGAAGAAGUCGUAUAGGGAUCCCGCGAAGUUGUCGAAAUUGCAGAAGUCGUUCGAUCAGAGCCCGCCAGUCGGGAGUACUCUGACCUCGCCGGUUGUGACCUUCACGGUCGGCAAGGAAGGGCGGCUCUUUGCAGCCCACGAGGAUGUCCUCUCGCUGUCGCCGUUCUUUGCGGCGGCCUGUAGAGGCCAAUUCCUCGAGGCCGAGAGCAAGAGGAUCGAUCUUCCAGACGAGGAACCUGAGAUCUUCUCCUGUGUUCUCGAGUAUCUCUAUAAGGGCGAUUAUUACCCCCGCUUGAUACACAACAAGCGCAAAGGCUCUUGGGAACUCGAGGACGCUGUGAGUUCACCCAACCCCGAAAAUCCUGGUGGCCGCGGAUCUGUCGAGGCUACAAUCUACAUAUCCAGCGUGGGCGAACACCUUUUGAGGGAUACUGUCAUAUACUGUGCGGGAGAGAAGUACGGCCUGGAGGAGCUCAAGCGCCUUGCUCUUCGGAAGCAGGGUCUGCAGAGUGGAAUCGAGGUCUCUACGAUUCUUCGCAGCGCGCGGUAUGCCUAUGACAACACGCCGGACACGGACUCGCGGCUCCGCGCUCAUUAUCUGGCCCUGAUCAUUAGAUGUCGCAAGACAUUUAAGAGGAGCGGAACCAUGCAGACAGAAAUGGAGAGUGGCGGUAAACUUUUCUUUGACCUUUUCGUGGCGCUAUGCAAUCAUGUGGAUGACAUUGUGGAGAUGGGGUAAGUCUUGAUCCUCGGUAUGCUAAAGAAAGUACUGACCUUCUCCAGGAAUUCCAAAUCUCCCAAGACUAUCUAAGGUUGUGUAGUGUGGCGAUAGGUACCCAGCUUGGAGUCAAAUUGUUU